AUGACUUUGCUUUGCUCUUGGGUUUUGAUCCUUCCUCUUGUCUUUUCGUAUGGGGUCACGUACGCAGAGUUUCAUGCUUCUACUUCACCCGCGAGGUCCUCCGGGAAGGUCUCUGUCAUCCUGAGUCGACUUUCGUCAACGUCUCAAUUCGGGGGUACGACAAACUCAAGUGGCUAUGGUGUGAAAUAUAUUGGCAACGUCGGCGAUCCCUAUGGAAGCAACAUCAUUGAAGUACCUGAAAACACGGCCAAUCAGUAUAAAUAUGUUUUACGAUUCGAAGGACCAGUGGCAGGAGAAAGCUGGACUGUGGUGAUUUGGAACAAAAUAGGGCCGGAUGGUUUGCUAAGCGGCUGGUAUGGCCAGGCCUGCAGAAAAUUCAUCUUAAAGUCGGGUCAGUUCCGGUACAUCGCAGUCGAUGAGAACUCUCAAGGAGGGUGGGCUGCUGCCCCUGGAGAUUCUAUACCGGUCGACUCUCAGGGUGGUUACGCUUCCACAUGGGGCGAGUUUGACUUCGGUUCAGUCAUCAACUCCGGUUGGUCAGGAUUCGAUGUGUCAGCCAUAGCCGCACAAAAUGCGGGCCUACCAGUCCAAGGCAUGAAAAUUUGCGAUGUUCUGGCCGGUAUCUGUUCUUUUGUCACUAAGGACGCCGCCCUUAUCCACAAUGCAUACAUAAGUUCCCUUGCCGAGGUUGGUGGUAUCGGAGGCAAUCUUUAUCCCGGGCCAGUCAGACUCGCAGUGACGAUUGGCUACGAUACUGCAGCUUAG